GGAACGGGAACGGGCCGAAGCAGUUAUAGAGCGGGCGGGCCGCGGUGGCGGGGCACGGCGACAUGAAGAGACUCGGGCUCUUGGGGCUCCUCGGCGCGGUGUUGCUGGGCUGCUGGGAGCUGGGUGAUGCCGUAAGCUGCUUUGAUAAGGAGUACGAACACGAGGGAAAGUGCUGCAACCGGUGUAAGCCAGGGGAAAAGCUGGUCUCUGACUGCAGUGACACGAAACAGUCUAAAUGCACCCCCUGUGAGAGUGAACACUAUCAGCAGAGCUGGACCAAGGAGAGGCACUGUACCCCCCAUGAUAUCUGUGAAGACAACGCUGGCCUCAUCGUGAAGACGCAGGGAAACGCAACGCACAACACGGUGUGCCGGUGCCGGGAUGGCAUGCACUGCUCUGAUGCCAGCUGCCAGACCUGCGUGGAGAACCAGCCCUGCCAGCAAGGCUUCGGCUUCGUGGCAGCCAAGGCUGUGGCCCAGAUGUCAUCCCCCUGUGAGCCCUGUGCAGAAGGCACCUUCUCCAACGUCUCUUCCAAAACUGAGCCGUGCUAUCCCUGGACAAGCUGCGAGGAGAAGGGGCUGGUGGUGAAGGUGAAAGGGACAAACACCUCGGAUGUGAUCUGUGAGUCGGGCAAGCGCUCCUCGCUGUCAGUGCUGAUCCCCAUCACAGCUGCAGUUGUCACCUGCCUCGUGGGCGUCUGCAUCUACUGCCUGGUCCAUGCAGAUCCCAGGCGACGGGUGCAGAAGCAGCAGAUAGAAGAGGGAAGAGGGAAGCCCAUAGAGAUCCGGCAGCCCACGGAGGAUGGGGAGGACAUGCCCCACGUGCAGGAGACUCUCCUGAAGGGUCAGCCAGUGGCCCAGGAGGAUGGCAAGGAGAGCCGCAUGUCAGAGCAGGAGAGGCUGUGAGGACACCGCCUCCAACAGGAGCACGGACCAGGACCAGCGCCGUCUCCUCUGUCCCCUCUCCAGCUGGGGAGAAAAAUCUGGCAUCCGGCCUGGCUGCACACAAAUGUGAUGCUGCAGUGGACCAUGGCAUGACCCCCCCGGUGGGGAUACCACAGGUCUGGCUGCCUCCCUAGGGCUGCCAUGGUGGGCCAAAGCUCAGCUGCCUGCGCGGGGGACACGAGCAGAACCUGGUCCCACUGCCCCCCUGGGGUGCUGGGGCAGAGCGCAGCGUGGCUGACCCUGUGCAGCCACCAGGCCGGGGUUGCUGUGACACAGCAGGGCACAGCUGCUCACGUGGAGACCCCCUGGCAGAGCCAGGUCCACUGGGGGUGCCAUGGGGGACAGUGCGGGCUGCUGAUGUGGGACCACCAUGGCAGAGCUCAGCCACCCAGCCAGGGAGGCUAUGGUAGCACCCAGCUGGGCCACCAGCACAAGGACCCCGUUCCUGGAGCUGGGUCCAGGGUGUGAUGGAGGCCGGGUGGCUACUGGCGGUGUGGCUGCCUGGGCCAGGGCAGCAGAGCCCUUGUCACCCCGGGAACAGCCGGGACAGUGGGGACAAGGAAAGGUGCCUGCAGGGCUCUUCUAUGGGGUGGGGGGACAGGGACGCCCGGACACCGACUCGUGGCUGCCGGGAGAUGGUGCUGCGGGACCGGCGCGGGGCUGUGCGGGGCGGGACCGUCUGUCUCCGGU